UAACAAUGUUAAUGGGUCGACAUCGUGGUUUACUUGCAUCAAUGACAGAUCAAGAAGCUAUUGAACAUAGUGCUGCUGAUUUACUUAAUCGACGACGUGAAGAAAUUAUUUGUGAAUAUCAAAAAACAACAUCAGAUGUUAAUGUUAUUAAUCGUAUGAGAUCUGAAGAAUUAGUGACGCAAUUUUAA